GUCACUCAUGAGAGCACCGGACAGACCCACCGCGCCGAGACGACCCACACCACUAGAGGAAGGGUCCCUCCACACUUCCGCACCCAGGGGCUCAGUGUUUGGGGGUAAAGCAAACAAAGCGAAGUGAAGGAGGAAAAACGAGGCCACUGUGGUUCAUCAGCAGUCUAUUGGAUUCAACCCUGAGUGACCCUGCUGCUACUUAUCUACAUCAUUUCAAGAGGAGGUGGGCGUCCCUCUGGGUGUAAGAAACACCAUGUGCCAAACCUGGAGAGGACUUCCCUCUGCAUGGUGAGACUGCCAAACCUCUUGAGAACCUUCCUCUUUAGUCUGAGGACCCCCCUAAUCCUCCACGUUGCCCACCGGCAAAGAUGAAGAAGUUGGCGACGUGGUCAGCAGAGGAUGUUUCUGACUGGCUGAGCAAAGAGGGGAUGCCGGAGUACAUGGACGCCCUCCGUCAGACGGAUGGACCUUCUCUGCUCAAGCUCACCGAGGCAGAUUUCCAGAGCCCCCCCCUCUUGCUGGUUUCGUCCGACGGAGGGCAGCAGAUGAUGGAGCGACUGAAGACGCUGCAGAUAGAGAACCAUAUGGAGGCUCACAAAAACGGUCAUGUGAACGGGCAUGUCAUCGGACUACCUAACGGGACGAGCAAACCCCAGAGGAAUGGCACGCUAGGGAGGAAGGACUUCGUGGAGAUGGUGAAAAUCUCGAUCCCCACAAAAGACGCUUCACGCACAUCGUUCCCUGUCGAGUGGAGAAAGACAGGCUUUGCUUUUUCCUAUGCGGUGCUGUGCUUUGUUACCACCACCAUCGUCAUUUCAGUGGUCCAUGAGAGGGUACCGUCAAAAGAGCACACCCCACCGCUACCUGAUAAGUUCUUUGACCUGUUUGACAGAGUGGAGUGGGCCUUCUCCAUCUGUGAGAUUAACGGCAUGUUGCUGGUGGCAGUGUGGCUGAUCCAGUGGAUUCUACUAAAGCACAGGUCAAUUGUAGGCAGGCGGUUCUUUUUCAUUGUGGGCACACUUUACAUGUACCGGUGUAUUACAAUGUACAUCACCACUCUGCCUGUUCCAGGGAUGCACUUCAAAUGCUCUCCAAAGCUUCUUGGGAACUGGGAGUUACAGAUGAGGAGAGUGAUGAAGCUGAUCGCUGGUGGGGGCCUGUCCAUCACUGGAUCUCACUCCAUGUGUGGAGAUUAUCUGUACAGUGGUCACACCGUCAUGCUAACGCUAACAUACCUCUUCAUCAAGGAGUAUUCUCCCAAGCGGUUCUGGAUUUACCACUGGAUUUGUUGGACCUUCAGUGCGGUGGGGAUUUUUUGCAUCCUCCUGGCCCAUGACCACUACACUGUGGAUGUGGUGGUGGCAUAUUUUAUCACAACACGCCUCUUCUGGUGGUACCACACUAUGGCCAACCAGCAGUCACUGAAGGAGACGUCGCAGAGCAACCCCUUCUCACGUGUGUGGUGGUACAGACUGUUCCAGUACUUUGAGGAAAACGUCAACGGGACCGUUCCUCGUAACUAUCAGCUGCCGUUUUCAUGGCGAGGGUUUCCGUGGAGCCGCAGCGUGAAGUACAGCAGACUGGACAACCAGUGACAGCUGCACGUCACAGCAGGCGAGGGCUGUGACUUCCAUAAGUGCUGUUUUUACCCAACGGAGACGGCACCGGUUAAUGUAGCGCUGUCCUUUCACCUCUAGCAACAGACACAUCCAUGUUCAAAUGGGUAAAUGGGUAGCACUGUGACCCACCUAGUAUUUUUUCUUUUCUGGUUGUCAUCUCUUCUUUUCUGGUCGUAUUUGUUAGGACAGCACUAAUUUAUAUUUGUUUUAUGUCUUUCCCACUCUGUGGGCAACAGUUUCUGCCUCUGGAGCAGAUCUAUGAAGCAUUUCGAUAAACUUGUAAAACCGUUUUUUCGGCCAUAAGGAUUCAAACCCCUUUUCUUCCUCUCAGCACAAAAACCAUAAAUGUGUUCAUGUUCUUACGAGACUCUUUAUGCAGAUGGUCUCAGUUCAAUUGCUUAUUUGAUAACCAAAAUGCCAUAAUGCUGUCUUUUUUUUCUUUUUUUUAAAAUAGCAAAUUACUUUUUGUAAACUGUCCUUGCUAAACUGAAUCAAAGGUGCAAAAAAAAAGUUUUUUUCUACCUAUGUCAAACUUUAUUUUUCAAAGCAAAUGAUGUCCGAUAAAAGAUUUUUAGAUUUUUACCUUUUUCAAGAUGGAUAACAGAGAGCAUAAGAAUCCAAUGUGGUAAAACAUUAUUCCAGUGCCUUUAUUAGCUUGAUUGUAAAACAGUUCAAGUACUAUGUGUCUUGUAUCUCUCUGCCGUCGGUGUGAUCACGCUACGGAGCGAGUUGGUACUUAGUUAACGCUCUAAUUCCCAUGAAUGUAAAAAAAAACAACAAAAAAACUACGCCAGCCUUACCAGAAGAUUGGUCUUCCCCAAUAGAAGUGCAGUGAGUGAAAUGUUCCGAUAUUUAUUGAUGCUUUAUGAUGUCAGUUUGUGCUUAGUUGGAUAAUGCUGUUCUAACAGGAAAAAAUGACUGUUAAUGAUUUACUUUUAAAUGUCCGUUACAUUUCAUUUGAAUCAACACCAGCUAUGUCAGAAGCCUGAUUGUUGAGUCUACUAGUUUUGUUUUUCCUCCACAAUAUUAUCUGCUAAGCAUCACUGCCUAAUUUAGAAAAUAAUAUGAGAAACGUCUCCAAGGUGCAAGUUAUUCUGGACCUGGACAUGUCUUGCGCAUCAUCGCUGCUCUGGAGAUAAUGAGCCCCCAUCUUGUUCUCCACAUCGAACCCCAAUUUAAAUCGGAAUUAUCCUCAUUACUGUCUUCUCUGGGAACCUUUUCACCGCUGAGACGUGGAGGAAAAUGUUCAACGUGACUCUGGCGCUGAGCUUAGGGAAUAUCACAGUCGUGAAAACAGAAGCUUCAGACAAAGUUUCCGAGCAUGACUGCAAUGAAUCUGUCAGAGCUUUGUUAAGUUUGUGUUGCACUAAAAAGAGUUCCUACCUUUCAGAUUGUAGAUGGUGUGCACGUCAAGCAAAUGUUCAACGUGCACAUUGUUGUAUGUGGGGAACAAAGUAAAGCACGGAGAAGGUGAUUUUAUUUAGCCACGUGUGCAAACAUUGAUUUCCAUGAAUGUGAAAAAACGUCUUUUUUUUUUCCUAAUCAUUUACUGUACAUGUUUCUUUGGCUUUUCUUUGUGUAACUAUGAAUGGACUGUAAAGAAUAAGUAUUAUACAAGUUCAUCUCUAGGGAAAACAUUUAACUUGUGUUAAAGAAGAAACGUGUUCAUUCAGCUUUAGAUGAGACAAACUCCAAAUCCAUCAAAACAACGGUGAUUUAUUUCUUUAAACGCUAUCAAAGGGAGGAGGUGAGAGAGUAUCGUUUGUUUUUAAUGUGAAUCAAAUUUGCGGCGCUCCCUCCUGUAGCAUUGGUCGGAUGUUUCACUUGUACAGAGAAAGGUUUUUAAGAGCACAGCUCGCGUAGGGCCAUAUUACGGUUUCGGAUCAUAUUUGAAGUCAUGUUGAAAAAUUAUGUUCUUUGAGGAUCAAUUUUGGAGUUGAUGUUUGUCUUCUAGAUUGCCAAUCAUGUUGAUAUGUUUUUUUUGUUUAGGUUUUUAUGUCUCCAUUAAAUGAAAGUUGUUUAUUAUGUAUAUUUCUUUGUAAAAGUCUCACCCCGUUUGUAAGAUAUGAUGGAAGAAUCCUUGGGAUGCUUUUGAAUAAACCAUUUUACUAUAAUGUA